GACGAGAGGAGAGAAGGGAAGGGGCAGACGAGGCAGCCGCAUAAGCUGUCCAGUCUCCACUCCUAGCUCAUCCCAUGUCGGCGGCGUCGUCGAGCGGCUCCGGCGGCGCCCUCAUCAACGAUGUACUCACCGAUGACAUGCUCCGUGCGGUGCUCGCGCGUCUGGGGCCCGAGGCGGAGCGCGACGCGUUCGGGCUCGUGUGCCGCCGCUGGCUACGGAUCCAGAGCUCCGAUCGGCGGCGCCUGCGCGCGCGUGCCGGCCCGGCCAUGUUACGCCGCCUCGCCGCGCGUUUCUCGGGGAUCCGCGAGCUGGAUCUCUCGCAGUCGCCGUCCCGCUCGUUCUACCCUGGCGUCGUCGACAACGACCUUGACGUCGUCGCCGGGGGCUUCCGCAAUCUGCGUGUCCUCGCCCUGCAGAAUUGCAAAGGUAUAACUGAUGUUGGAAUGGUGAAAAUAGGAGAAAGACUGUCCUCUCUACAAUCCUUAGAUGUUUCCCACUGCAGAAAGCUUACUGAUAAAGGUUUAAAGGCAGUUGCACUGGGGUGCGAAAACUUGAGGAAGCUGGUCAUCGCUGGUUGCCGAUUAAUAACUGAUAAUUUGUUGACUGCUCUAUCAAAAAGUUGCUUACACUUGGAAGAUCUUGGGGCUGCAGGAUGUAACAACAUAACAGAUGCAGGGAUCUCAGGUCUAGCUGAUGGUUGUCGCAAGAUGAGGUCACUAGACAUAAGCAAAUGUAACAAAGUUGGAGAUGCUGGAGUCUGUAGAUUCGCGGAGGCUUCUUCGUCGUCAUUGGUAUCAUUAAAAUUGUUGGAUUGCAACAAAGUGACCGAUAAGUCCAUCCAUGCACUAGCUAACUUCUGCCAUAACCUAGAGACUCUCGUCAUUGGUGGAUGUCAUGAUAUUACUGAUGAAUCCAUAAAAGCAUUGUCUCUUGCCUGCUGUAGCAGCCUAAAGUGCUUAAGAAUGGAUUGGUGCUUGAAGAUAACAGACUCCUCGCUGAGAAGUCUAUUCUCUAACUGCAAACUUCUCGUCGCUAUUGAUGUGGGAUGCUGCGACCAAAUUACAGAUGCAGCAUUUCAGGAUAUGAAUACAAAUGGAUUUCAAUCUGAACUGAGACUUCUAAAGGUCAGUAGCUGUAUUGGGCUCACAGUUGCAGGAGUCAGCAAUGUGAUUGAAUCAUGCAAGGCCCUUGAGCACCUAGAUGUUCGGUCAUGUCCUCAGGUCACAAGGCAGAUCUGCGAGCAAGCUGGGUUGCAAUUUCCUGGUAGCUGUAAGGUUAACUUUGAAGGCAGCCUAUCUGAGUCUGAUCCAUCUGUUGAUAUAUUCUUUUAAGAUCAAUAGCAUCUCAUAAUCCUUUAUUUAGAUUAAGCCAAAGAACUUCAUCAUGUACAAAAUGCACUUAAUAUUGUGGUUGCUUUUGUGGGCGUGUUGCAUUCUCAGAUUUGAGGUAGAAUUGGAUGAUGCCAUGGACUAGAAAAAGGGUGCAGUUGUGCACUGCUCAAUGCUCAUGUGAUGUACCAUGUCCAAGGUACUAGCACACUAGCACUAGCACUAGUGUGUGUAAAUAUAUGUGCGUUGUACAUGCACGUUCUAAGGGGAUGCCCAUUCGUUAUUCAACAGUUUGUUGCAUUCGA